AUGACCUGCAUGGACUCGAGUUACGCCAUGAAGUCUGUGUCGUCGUGCACGCACUCGAUCGUCCUGGCCUCGGGGACUCUGAGUCCGAUGUCGUCGUACGAAAAGGAAUUGGGCGUCUUCUUUACUCACAAGGUGUCCGCCAAGGAACACGUCGUGUCCAAGCGUCACGUCUUUGUCCGUAGGAUCUCGCAUUCGCUCAAGGGUGACAAAGAGUUUUACAUGAAUUACAGCGCAUGCCAGAACGAAGAGCUACUCAAGGCCGUAGGUUCCGUCGUCUACGAGUCGACCAAGAUCCUGAAGAAAAAUGUCGGCGAAACAAAGGCUGGCGUCCUGUGCUUCUUCCCUUCUUACAAGCUACUUCAGACCUGUCCAGACGUGUGGCGCAAAGUGCCUCUAUGGCCCAAGUACAAGACUGCGUUGAUUGACGGAGAGCCCGGCACGGUGGCCCUGUUUCUAGUCGUGCAGAGAGGCAAAAUGAGCGAAGGCGUCGACUUCUCCGAUUCGCUGGCUCGACUCGUCGUAUCCGUGGGGUUACCCUAUCCGUCGUAUCACAGUCCGGACGUAAAGGUCAAGGUCGAGUUUAACCGCAGCAGGGGCGGAGACGGGGACGAAUGGUAUAAAACGCAGGCGAUGCGAGCGGUUAACCAGUCCGUGGGACGCUGCGUACUUCACGUGAACGACUGGGGGGCCGUCCUAUUGCUCGACAGUAGGUAUUUUAGACCCGACGUUUGGAGCGAUUUAUCGCAUUGGGUCCAGGUCUGCGAAGACGAGUCGUCCACCUUCAAAGACACGAAGAAAUCUUUGCUCGAGAUAAACUCGUUUUUGAACGGUCGUCUAUGA